ACUGCCUAUGUUUACCUGGAGCACAUUUGCCUUUAGGCACGUGCAGCUUCAUUCUGCACAGACCGAUAUAGGCACUCAGCAGGGAGAUGAGGGGGAGGAGCUCUGUUGGGACCCCCCCAGCUGCUGCCACCUGCAGUUCCACGUCAGGAUUAGGCCUCAGUGGAAGACAUGGCAGGACAGAUGAUGGCGCUCUGCUAACAUGGAGAGUGUAGAGAGAACCACAGAGACCCCAAUACUGAGGGAGGAGAAGACACCCCAAGUGGGGGGAUCCUGGGAAGAAGACUCGGCUGUGGUGGACUGGAAACUACGCCAAGACAAGAAAGAUAAAGAUGGGGAGCAGGAAAAGAAAUGGCAGAUGGGGGACAUAGAGCAGACCCUUCCACAGCCCAUCGUCUACCACGAGGUCCUGUGGAGGGAUUGGCAGGAUUUGUACAAUCCGGAUUUGGUUGAACUGGGUGAGAAGCAGUUUGAUUUCACCGUCCUGUCCUACAAUAUUCUUUCUCAGGACCUGAUCGAGCAGAACCCCCACCUGUACCAGCACUGCCCUCCCUCCAUCCUGCACUGGGACUACCGCUGGCCCAACUUGCUCCAGGAGCUGCAGCACUGGGAGGCCGAUAUUCUGUGUCUCCAGGAGGUUCAGGAAAAUCACUACAAAGAUCAGAUCCAGCCCAGCCUUAGUGCUUUGGGGUAUAGCUGUCACUACAAGCGGCGGACGGGUCGGAAAACCGAUGGUUGCGCUACUUUCUUCAAGACUCAGCGCUUCACUCUGCUCCUGGAAAGUCAUGUGGAGUAUUUCCGGCCGGCUGUUGGUGUCCUGAAUCGUGACAAUGUGGGACUGGUGCUGUUGCUGCGGCCAGUGCUGUCUGAGGAGGCACCAGAUGGGCUCAACCCCCCCAGCCUGUGCGUCGCUAACACACACCUUCUCUACAACCCCCGCCGAGGGGACAUUAAGCUGGCACAGUUGGCACUUCUCCUGGCAGAGGUGGAUAAGUUAUCCCAUACCCCUGAAGGUCAGCGAUGCCCGAUCAUCCUGUGUGGAGAUUUAAACGCAACACCCAGUUCUCCCCUUUACCAGCUGCUGCACAAUGGCUUCCUGAACUGUCGCAGCAUACCAGCAUGGAAGGUGUCUGGCCAGGAUCAAUACUGGGAAGUUCCACAGUCCCGGGUUCUGCCUUUUCCUCUGUUGCCGGACAUUCUGGGGGUCAAUGACCGAUGCCGGUACGUGGCGGCGAGGCCACCAAUGGUCGAAGAUAGAAAGACGUACACCCGCCAGAGCAUCUUGGAGUUUCGGUAUUGCGAGUAUGCCCUUCAGCGCCCCCAAAACCUUGUGCUGAUCAAGGGGGUGACGGACAAUAGUCCAGAUUCACAGGCAGCUGCGGCUCAGGCAGGGAUCUUCCCAGACCCACCGGAUUCACUGCUCAGGACACCCCAUUUAUUGCAGCAUCAGCUCCAGCUGACCUCAGCUUACACCCACUUCCUGCCCACUAAAGACCGUCACGAGGUCACAACGUUCCCGCUAGGAAUCGGCAGCACGGUGGAUUACAUCUUCUAUUCUGCGGAGCCGGUUCCGAUAUGCAGCACCAACCAGGGUCUGCGUUUCUUCCAGGACGGCCAGCUGAAGCUGUUGGGGCGUCUGUGUCUGCUGUCAGAGGAUGAUCUGUGGGCAGGGCAAGGACUCCCUAACCCCUUCUGCUGCUCUGACCAUCUCUGCCUUCUGGCCCGCUUCAGCCUGGACUUCUCAACCCCAGAACCGGAGUAAGAAGCUCCUCCCCAAGUUGGGACAUUUCCUCUGUCUCUUUUUAAUUUUCAGCCCCCACCCCCCCCCCAGUAAGGUCCAGGGCUUCCACGUGGCGUUAUUUUCUGUUCCACACGUGCUGCUCCCUUACAGUGUUCAUGUAUGUAAAAUCUGUACAUAUGAAGAUGUUUUAGAUGAGAGCAGAAGUUUGCAACGUGUGAAUAGUUGUAAUAAAUUGUACAAUACA